AGAGGGAGAGGUUAAACGAGCGGAAGAGGAAGGACCCCUGUACCAUCAGAUGGAGGCUUGGGAUACAUACUGCACAUAGCUGCUGCUGCUGAGAGGUCAACGCAGAACUAGCCAGUGUGUGCGGUGCGCAGUCUGCCUGUGGCUGAUCAUCAGUGAGGCUAUGAAAUGACUGGAGCCAGGCAAUACCUCCGGGCCUUUAAAAACCUGUGUUUGUAUGCAAGGAUAUGUGUGCGUUCAAGCUCAUUCACAUACAGACAUGCUCAGCACAGCACACAUUGGACACAUUGUAGACAUCUGACAAGUUUUAGACAAGAUCACAGUCUACCAACUACUACUGGCUUGUACCGCACAAACUCUAAUGGUUUUCUGACUACAUCAGCGCAAAGUGUCGUCAUAUAUACUGUAAGGCAUAAAAGUAAGAAAACGCAGAAAAGGAACAGGACAGGCCCAUCUCAAGAUGAAGAAGAUGAUGACUAUGACGUAGAAGAAGUUGAUCCAGAAGCUAGUGAUUAUGAUGAUGAUGAGCCAGUGGAAGACUCCACUAUACCAAAGGACUAUAAAGAUAUAGAAAAAGCUGUGCAGUCAUUUCGUUUUGAUGUCAUCCUCACUGCUGGAUUAGACAUGUCAAGAAACAAAGUUGAGGAAGAAUUUUACAAAGGCAAGCUGCGUCUUAAUGGAGAGAAACUAUGGAAGAAAAGUAGAGCGGUGAAAGUUGGUGAUAUUUUGGAUUUAAUUGUUGAAGAUUCCAGCGAAAAUGAGACCACAACAGUGAUGAGAAUUGUAUUGAAAGAUGUGCUAAAAGAAAAGACCUCAACCGAUAAAUACAAAGUUGUGCUUAGGCGAUGGAAAACUUUGAAGGUUCCUAGGGCUGUGGAGGCUUUCAGAAUGACUGACAAACACACCACUGAUGCAGAACAUUGAGAUUUGGUGAUUUUCAUCGGGAAGAGAGAAUUCUAAAACAAAAUCUAUUUUUACUGUUAUCUUGCAUGGUAUUUUGACUGUUAACAACUGUUUGUUCACAUUC